CUGCCACAGCGAAGUCAAUCCUUUAAAAAAACACGAUUGUCUAUGAUUCAUUACGGUGAAGGGAGGAGGGACGAUUUCGCUUCGUUGUCGCCCAAAUUAUAAUUUCAUGGUGAAUUGUGAUAAGAUCUUCGUAUGUGGAUUGAAAUAAGUGACGUUAUUUGGUGCUUUAUUUGUGUGUGAAUUGAAUCAACAUCAGUAUUAUCAAGAGCAGCUCAUAAUGACAUUACGUUGUAAUACCUUAAGUGGCCAUUAGGGUAUCAUCGGUCCAGUUUAGACAUGAUAAGAAGACCACAGCAGACAUGGACGGCGUGAAGAAAAUACAUUCUGGAACACUGUACCGUAACGGCCCCGUGGAGAACGCGUACGGUCCGCAGCACAGUCCUGUGUCGCGGUCGGACGCCUCCACCGAAGACGCUGAGCUGUCUGCAGCGCUUGCCCACCAGCACCAUCUUGCUAUGCAGGCUGGUGAGUAUCCAGUAGUAGGUGCUGGAGUGGAGCCUGACUAUGGACAGUACGUGUCGUCGCCCGCGGCGCACUAUAAUCACAUGGGACAUCUCACCAUGGCGCCCUCACAAAAGUAUCCGCAUGUGAUGGAUUCAGUCUCCGUUAGCGGUGGAGGCAGCUAUGCGGGCGCUGGUGGCGCAGGUCACUAUGGAACCUAUGGCCACUACGGCACCGCAGCCUAUCAACCGCAGACAGCAUACAUGGUGGAGACAACGCAAGUUCCACAGUAUAUGGGACAGGAAUACGUUGAAGGAGGUGGUAGCGCUUCGCCCCGGAGCGCGUCACCGGGUGCUCUGCCUCAACACAAUCUACACUUACAACAAAGGUACGAUUCGGCAUCCCUGGAGCAGCUGGGUCGGCACUACUGCGUGACGUCACCGCGCGGGGAAUACGCCCCCGACGCGUACGGAUACCAACACUACCCCACAGCGUACGAACCACCGCAUCAACCACCGCCGUUUAAGGAUUCACAGAAUGGUCUAAGUCUAGGCAGCGCUGGAGGACAGUCGAUGUAUGGUGACGAAGAAGAGUUACAGAAACAAAUGGCGAAUAUGGCACUAGUACACGGUAGCGUGGGUGGUCGCGAAGAGACAGGUGGACUACAGUGGAGGGACCCCAAUUUGCCGGAGGUGAUCGGGUUCCUCAACUCUCCCUCCGACGUUGUGAAGGCCAACGCGGCCGCCUACCUACAGCAUCUCACUUAUAUGGACGACCCUAACAAACAGAAGACUAGGAGUUUAGGCGGUAUCCCCCCACUGGUGCGCCUAGUGUCGCACGAGAAUCCAGAGGUUUGUCGCAACGCAUGCGGCGCGUUGCGCAACCUGUCGUACGGGCGACAGAACGACGAGAACAAGCGAGCCAUACGCGAUGCCGGCGGUAUACCCGCGCUCAUGGCGCUGCUCUGCAGGGCUACCGACAUGGAGGUUAAAGAACUAGUAACGGGCGUGAUCUGGAACAUGUCAUCGUGUGAAGAUCUGAAGCAGUCCAUCAUAGACGAUGCGGCUCAAGUCAUCGUCAACAAGGUCAUCAUACCGCACUCAGGGUGGCAUCCCACCAACCCUGGAGACACUUACUGGUCUACAGUGUUCCGCAACGCGUCGGGCGUACUGCGCAACGCGUCGUCAGCGGGCGAGUACGCGCGACGCCGGCUGCGCGGGCUGGCCGGGCUGGCCGAGGCCUUGCUGCACGCCGUCCGCGCCGCGCUGCAGGCCAACGCCAUCGGCACCAAGAUCGUCGAGAACUGCGUCUGCGUGCUCAGGAAUCUUUCCUACAGAUGUCAAGAAAUUGAAGACCCGCUGUAUGACACGAGAGCGCCUCCCACACAGUCAUCGGGACAGGCUAGGAUACAGGCGAGUGCUUCUAAAGGUGAAAAUCUAGGCUGCUUUGGAGGCAGUAAAAAGAAGAAGGAAGGGUCAUCGUCUUCUAACUCAACCAGCCCGUUAGGCAAGAGCGAGCCAGAUAGUCAGCCUUUAGGCGACACUGGAACUACACAACUUGGGUACUCUGUGCCCAAAGGAACGGAGAUGCUGUGGUCUCCUGAGGUGGUUCCCCUAUACAUGGCGUUGCUGCAGACUUGUUCCAACCCCGAGACGCUGGAGGCGGCGGCCGGCGCGCUACAGAACCUGGCCGCCUGCUACUGGCAGCCCUCCAUCGACAUACGGGCCGCUGUCAGGAAAGAAAAAGGUCUACCAAUUUUAGUGGAGCUCUUGCGUAUGGAGGUCGACCGAGUGGUUUGUGCUGUGGCCACGGCUCUACGGAAUCUGGCCAUAGACCAGAGGAAUAAGGAGCUGAUUGGAAAGUAUGCCAUGAGAGAUCUGGUGCAGAAGCUACCUAGCGGGAACCAUCAGCAUGAUCAGGGCACAUCAGACGACACCAUAGCGGCGGUACUAGCGACCCUAAACGAGGUCAUAAAGAAGAGCGGAGAGUUCUCCCGCUCUUUGCUCGAGGCGGGCGGAGUCGAGCGACUCCUCAACCUCACUAAGCAACGUCACCGACAUACUCCCAGGGUGCUCAAGUUUGCAGGACAAGUCCUGAUGACGAUGUGGUCCCACGCAGAGCUUCGUGAAGUGUACCGCAAGCACGGCUGGCGCGAGGCUGACUUCCUCACUCCUGCGCGCGCCGCCCAACCCCGCGCGCCGUCUACUGCUAGCGGUCAGGGCACGCCGUCGUCGGGCGCGGGCGCGCCGCACUCGCCCAGCAACGCCAACAGCACGCUCAGCCGGCCCAUGGCCUCCACCGGGGGCACGCGCUACGAGGACCGCACCAUCCGGCGCCAUCGGGAGAACGAUGACAUCCCAGCGAUGGAAGUGAACAACUACCAUGACGGAUUAGGUAUGGGCAAUCCCAACGGACGACCGAUGAACUUGCAAGGCGUACAAGCACAGAUGCCCAUGCCGCCUAGCAGUCGUUAGCGCACCGGCGCGUGCGCAGGUGACCUUGACGAAUGACACUUUUGAAAUACCGAUUAAGUAUUUAUUCUUACCUGGGA